UGAAAUCGUGACCGUGUUGUACAAAUCGUGACUUCUUGUCACAAAGCAAGAUUAACGUUUACAAGGUGCGGCGUAGCAGUAGCUAUAUAUGUAUAUGCAAGUUUUCAGUUAAGUUGUAGGCAUUGUUUUUAUACCGACAAAGGUUGCUCGCUGAUUUUUAGAAGCAUUGGAAAAAGAGCUGGAAUUUUGUGGAAGGAAGCACAAUAAGAAACAGUUUCGUUCAAUUCACCACAGACACAAGAUAUGGCAAUGACAUAUAUGACAUUCGCUGUUCUGGGUAUGCAGGUUCUCUUGGGAUGGUUGGCCCAGCCGGGAUCGGCCUGUUCCUGCGUACCCAUCAAGAUGGUAGCGCCCAAACUUGAAUUCAUCAAGCCUGGGUCUGUUCCCACCACCCCUAAACCCAAGUGGGGCCAAUUGGACGACUGGUUUUGUCGCAACAACCCUGACAUCGUUAUCAGAGGCUAUGUUGUCAGCUCUAAAAGACACGUCAAACUGGAAGCUGGAAUUGGAUACCCACUUCCGCUUCCGGGAUCUAAUCUGGAAUAUACUGUCCAAGUUCUCGACGUCUUUAAGGAGUCCGAGUUUGUCACAGCGGGUAAGAAUGUUUCAGUCUACGUUAGCGUUGGCGGCCAUUCCUGUGAUUAUAGCCUAAAAGUGAAUAAGGAGUAUCUAUUAAGAGGUGACGUAAAAAUAGAAAAAGACGAGCCCAAGAUUUGGCUGCGCGGCUACUGCGACUACGGGAAGGAGUGGAGAUUUCUUCCUCUUGGUAUGGCCAGAUACCUGAAAGAAGAGGGGUGCAAGUAGCUAGGUAGAACAGCGGGUCAAGGCCACCGGAUGUGUUGCCAUAUAAGUUGGAAUGACUUAACUGCAAGAAAAAAAGGCGGGAAAAACGUAAAAUCGGAAAACGUACUUUUAGCCACAAAAAAAUUUAAUCUGAUACCAUAUUCUCUGAUUGCAAUCAAAUUAAUGACUGCAAAGUACAAUCCCAACCAUACUAGUACAUUGCAUAUAAGCACACUAGGGUGUAUUAUCUUAGUUAGAGAAAGAGAUUAUAGCAGCAGAGACUGGUUUAUUUUCGGAAGAGUGGUCACCGAUUGCUGGUAAAGCCUCAAUCUCGUUACAGCUGUUAAUUAACAAAAGACGAUGAUCCGUUACACUGUUUUAUUUCUAGGAUUCAGUUGCAACUCACAUGAGUUACAAAAAUGAUAUUGUGCUUAGAAAACUUUCCUUGGGUAACAAUAAAUAUAUGUAAUGGAGAAGGAAACUGUUGAACAUCACUCUGAUAGAAAUUGGAAUAUAAAAUUAACGACUCGAAACUGGACUUAUAGCGGUAGACCGUAAUUUUCACAACAGUUUGGGAGUAGCCUAUAUAUUUUGGUGAAAUUGCCGGAAUUUCCAGGAAAAUUCAUUAUUUGUUGUAUAAAGAUCUAACUGGUUUUGUUAGCUUUAAAAUGUUUAAAAACUAAGGUUUUUCCGUGUGAUGCGCCUGCAUGUCGAUACCGAAGGCUUCCAUGCAUAAUCCAGCUUUCUAGUCAGGCAAUCCUCCGCUAGGGGCGCUAGUUGAGGAUCGUUGAAUGGUACCGAGGCUCUUCUAACCCAAAUGUCUAACCCGUUUCUGAAAAAAAAAAAAAAA